AUGAGAAGCACCGAUGUUCCAUUCAACCAAAUCUUGAAGAACCAGACCUCGCAAACCGCCGGCUACUACGGCCCCGUGCUGCUCCAAGACUUCCAUUUAAUUGACAAGCUGGCUCACUUUGACCGCGAGCGCAUUCCCGAGCGUGUCGUCCAUGCCAAGGGAGCCGGUGCGCACGGCUACUUUGAGGUGACAAAGGACAUUAGUCACCUGACGUGCGCCAAGUUCCUCAGCGAGGUCGGCAAGCGCACACCCAUCUUUACCCGCUUCUCGACUGUCGGCGGUGAGCUAGGCUCGGCGGACACUGCUCGCGACCCGCGCGGUUUUGCUGUCAAGUUCUACACCGAGGAGGGCAACUGGGAUAUGGUUGGAAACAACACGCCGAUCUUUUUCAUCCGCGACCCGAUCAAGUUCCCUGACUUUAUCCACACGCAGAAGCGCGAUCCGAGAACCCAUUUGAAGAAUCCCGAUAUGCAGUGGGAUUUCUGGUCGUAUGUUCCUGAGGCACUGCACCAGGUCAUGAUUUUGUUUACUAACCGCGGCACUCCUGACGGAUACCGCCAUAUGCACGGGUACGCAAGCCAUACGCUCAAACUGGUCAAGGAGGAUGGCUCCUUCCACUACGUCAAGUGGCAUUUCCGCACAGACCAGGGUAUUAAGAACUUUAGCGCUGCUGAGGCUGCCAAACUCGAGGGCUCCAACCCAGACUAUGCCACCCAGGAUCUGUUUGAGGCUAUUGAGCGCGGUGAUCAUCCAUCCUGGACCGUCUAUCUCCAGAUUCUGACCGAGGAGGAAGCACUGAACUACAAGUACAAUAUCUUUGACGUUACCAAGGUUAUUAGCAAAAAGGACUUCCCGCUGCAGGAGGUCGGCCGCAUUGUAUUGGACCGCAAUCCCGAAAACUACUUUGCUGAGGUCGAGCAGGCUGCCUUUUCGCCCUCGCACAUGGUGCCGGGCAUUGCGCCGUCGCCAGAUCGCAUGCUGCAGGGCCGCCUGUUCAGCUACCCUGACACCCAGCGCCACCGCCUGGGCCCCAACUACCUGCAGCUCCCAAUUAACAGUUCUUUGUUGCCCAUUCGCAACCACCAGCGCGAUGGACCUAUGGUUUUCGGCACCAACGGUGGUCGCCAGCCUAACUACGAGCCCAACUCGUUUGGUGGCCCGCAGGAAAACAACGCUGUCAGGGAGAUUGACUCUCAGUCUAAGCUUGAGGGCCUUGUUGGGCGUCACAGCUAUGAGCUCACAGAUGUGGACUUUGAGCAGCCGCGCGCGCUGUUCAACCUGCUGAGUGCAAGCGAGCAGCAGGAUCUUAUUGACAACAUUGCUGGAAAUAUUUCCAAGGCACAGCUCGUGUUCCAGCGCAGGAUUGUGCCGCACCUGAAGCGUAUUGACCAGGAUUACGGCUCGCGUGUUGAGGCGGUUCUCAAGAAGGCAAAUCCGGACUACUAA